CAGUAGAGCAGCAGAAGCUACUGGAAGCGGACUACCAUUCAGCAGCAUCAUGGCACCUAUCGGAUUAAAGGCGGUGGUCGGUGAAAAGAUUAUGAAUGAUGUCAUCAAGAAGGUAAAGAAGAAGGGUGAAUGGAAGGCUCUUGUGGUGGAUCAGCUGAGCAUGAGGAUGCUCUCCUCCUGCUGUAAAAUGACCGACAUCAUGACCGAGGGAAUCACAAUCGUGGAGGAUAUAAACAAGCGACGAGAACCUCUUCCCACCUUGGAGGCCAUUUAUCUCAUUACCCCUACUGAGAAGUCUGUGCAGACCCUGAUUGGUGACUUCAAAGAUCCUCAUUCGUCCAAAUACAAAGGAGCUCAUGUCUUCUUCACUGACUCUUGCCCAGACCCGUUAUUCAACGAGGUGGUGAAGAGUCGGGCUUCCAAGUGUAUCAAGAGCCUAAAUGAGAUCAACAUCGCCUUCCUGCCAUACGAGUCACAGGUCUUCUCUCUGGACAAUUCUGAUGCCUUCCAGAGUUUCUACAGCCCCCAUAAGACUCAGAUGAAAAACCCAGUGAUGGAGAGGCUUGCUGAACAGCUGGCUACUCUGUGUGCUACUCUUAAGGAGUAUCCCGCCGUCCGAUACCGCGGGGAGUACAAAGAUAAUGCCACACUCGCUCAGCUGGUGCAGGACAAACUGGACGCCUACAAGGCAGAUGACCCGACAAUGGGGGAGGGUCCAGACAAGGCCCGCUCUCAGCUCAUCAUUCUGGACCGAGCUUUCGACCCUGCCUCCCCUGUUCUUCACGAGCUGACCUUUCAGGCCAUGGGCUACGAUCUGCUGCCCAUCGAGAAUGACGUCUACAAGUACGAGACCAGUGGCAUUGGAGACUCUCGGGAGAAGGAGGUGCUGCUGCAUGAGGAUGACGACCUGUGGGUGUCUCUGCGCCACAAACACAUCGCUGAAGUGUCUCAGGAGGUGACCAAAUCCCUAAAGGAAUUCUCCUCCAGCAAACGGAUGAACACUGGAGACAAGACCACGCUGAGGGACUUGUCCCAGAUGCUGAAGAAGAUGCCACAGUAUCAAAAAGAGCUGAGCAAGUACUCCACUCACCUGCAGCUGGCAGAAGACUGCAUGAAACACUAUCAGGGCACCGUGGAUAAACUGUGCCGUGUCGAGCAGGACUUGGCCAUGGGAACAGAUGCAGAAGGCGAGAAGAUUAAGGACCCCAUGAGGGCCAUUGUGCCCAUCCUGCUAGAUGCCAACGUCAGCACCUAUGACAAGAUCCGUAUCAUCUUGCUCUACAUUUUCCUAAAGAAUGGGAUCACGGAGGAGAACCUGAACAAGCUGAUCCAGCAUGCACAGAUCCCACCUGAGGACAGCGAGAUCAUCACCAACAUGGCUCACCUGGGUGUUCCAAUUAUUACAGACUCCACUCUUCGCCGGGGGAAAAAGAUGGACCGUAAAGAGCGUGUAAGCGAGCAGACUUACCAGCUGUCUCGCUGGACCCCACUGGUCAAGGACAUCAUAGAGGAUGCCAUUGAUGACAAGCUGGACACCAAGCACUACCCUUACAUCUCCACUCGCUCAUCGUCUUCCUUCAGCACUUCAGCGGUCAGUGCCCGGUAUGGCCACUGGCAUAAGAACAAGACCCCUGGAGAGUACCGCACUGGACCACGUGUGAUUGUCUUCAUCAUCGGUGGCGUGUCCUUCAGUGAGAUGCGCUGCGCCUAUGAGGCCACACAGGCCAACGGCAAAUGGGAGGCCAUAAUCGGUUCGACCCACAUCUUUACUCCUACUAUGCUUCUGGACAUGCUCAAGGCUAUGAACAAACCAGAUGAGGAUCAGACCAGCUAAAACCCCUCUCCUGCCUCCAAACCUUGUGUAAUUUCCUAUACCUAAAUCCACCCCCCACACUCCUAUACUGUUGGUGUAUGCAUCUUGCUUGAAAGACAAAUAAUUAAAAAAUAUGCAAUGGCAACAUUGACUAAAAAAUUAUAUAUGAAUAUAAAUAUACACUAUGUUAAAAAAGAGUGAAUUUAAGUAUUCUCAUGUUACAGAAUGGAUGCAGAUGUUUAAACAGUCAAACCGAUGUUUAAAUAUUAAAGACCAUUAAAAACUGGAAGUAGCAGAUCUGAAUACUGGAUGCUCGGAAAUUAAAAGUGUAAAUUGUAGGGUUUUUUUUUUUUUUAUGUUCCAUGGUGGGAUUUUAAAUGGCUGAGUUAAUCCGUAUUAUCAAAUGAAUUACUCUGAACUGGUGUUAUUUUUCAUGCUGUGCGCUUAAAACGCUGGUUUCAGAUGAAUAGACAUUGUGCAUGCCAUUAAAUCUAUUUUGUGGUCAUUUUAAAAUGAUGUGAGACAGAAAAAAUAGAAAUAUAAUGCUGAGGCAAAACUGAAUCAGUCAAAGGUAAAGUAAAAGAAAUUGUACAUAGUUCCAGAAAUAAUAAUAAUAAUAAAAUGCCUUUCCAGCCCCUGUAGCUGCUUUCCAGGUCAUUCUAUUUCAUUGCUCGGCAACAACUUUAUGUUUUCUUGUACAAAAAGGCCAUGGCUUGCUUGUAAAUGUUUGAAAAAUAGGGCCUGUCAAACUUCAGUAUUGUAUCCUGUCCGAUUUAGUUAGUAAACGAUGUUAACCGGGCCAUGAACCGAGUGGUGUGUUGUUGUAUAUGCCAUACGUUGAUGUUUUAACGUCUCACUGUUGACUUUUAUGACUGUGAAGUAGUACCAUUUUCUUUGAAUACUAUUGCCAGUGUGAAGCCCACGUGUUUGUGAUGUUUGAGCUGUAGUCGUAGUAGUAAAAUAGAAAAUUAGAAACUAUAUAUUUGGUUCGUCUGCUGCAAUGUUGAAUCUUUUCUGGUGAAUGGCUUUGCAAGGAAAUGAAAUUCCCUCAUUUUUAUUUAUUUCUAUUUAAUACUAUUUUAAUCCUGUGCUUCAGCACCAGGUUGUAUAUUGCACUAUAAGUUUUCUGUGCUGGAAAUGCGUAUUCGUUUUUAGUUUGCUGGUGUAAAGCACUGACUGUAUUCGAUUUAUAUUACAUUAUUUAUCAGAGAAAAUAUUCAGAAGUAUGCCGUUCGUCCGUCCUAAUCCGGUUUAACUUGCUGGAAUUUUUUUUGUUUGCAAGCGUUGAAGCACAAACAAAAGUAUACUUGAUGUGUACCGAUGUAAUAAGACUGUCUAAUAAAUUGGCUUCCAUUAUCACAAA